UCAACAAAAUUGCUAGUUAAAAAUUUCAUGAAGAUGUAUAGUUCUCAGGUAUUAUUCAUCUUGACCAUUCAUUGCUUUUUCCGUCAGAAAUUGAAUGUAAAUACUAUGUAAAUUCUUAUUUUGACCCUUCUUCCAGCAAUAUAGCAUGAAAUUUUUAGAAAUAAACUUUGCACAUCUUAUUGUUAUCGUACUAUCUGCAAUUAUGAAAAAGAAAAGUCUAGGGGCCAGCAAUUUUAUUGCAUUUUGGCCAGCAUGUAACCAGCAGAAAAAUAUGAGCCAUUGGAUGAAAUCUCACACCAUCAAAUCAUCAUUGAUGGCUAAUUGAUGGCUACUAAUCACAAAUGUUGCUGGCCCCUAGCAUUGUUCUUAUGAAAAAAUUGCCAUUGAAAAAAUUCUUACAAGAUUUGAGGAGUUUGGAAUCACCAUCGGGGCGUCAAUGACCACGGUACCACAUGAUUAUCACCAUCUGUGUCUUCUUCGUCACCUAAAUCAUGCAAUCUUGCUCUUCCCCUUCACCGUUGUCCUGGACAACAAUUCAACAUCAGUGUCAUGGCCUCCUUGUCGUUAAAUUUGCCAAUGAAAUUGAAUAUGUUAUUGUUCUAAAAUUGAAUAAAUAUAUAAAAAAUUUGUGCAGAUUCAAAGUCUCAAAAGUACAAUUAGUGAAGAUCUAAUUACAUGAAAAACUUGUAGAAUUUUACAAAAUAAAAUCAAGAAUAAAAAACUUUAUUUACAACCAAAAGCAAUCUUAAAAAAAAAAAUUAAUGGCCUGCUCAUCAAGAACAGGAGUAAGCAGUUAGCGGUGGCAGCAACGUCAAUGACUAUGAUGUCACUGAUUGUCCCUGUCGUCUACCAACUCAUCAUUGCUUAAACCUGUAAUUUUCCUCUUCUUCAUUCUCGUUGUCAUCGUCAAGAUCGGUGCUAUAGUCUCUUCUCUUCAAUGUUGCCGUUGGUGAAGCCGGCAACCAUCAUCCAAGAUUUUGUUUUCAAGCAUGUCGUCGGAAGUCUUCCAUAACAUUAUCAGACUGACCAUGGAGUCGAGAGCAGCAAGGGUUCAGUUUCGAUAAGAGAAAAGGAAGAUGGAGGAACAGAAAGAGAUGCAAUACGUGUGUUUCAAGACGCUAGACAUGUUUUAUGGAAUCGACGUCUCCGAUUUGCUUUCUCCGCCCACGGAGUUGGAGGACCAGGCGGUGCUGACUUGGGAUUCUCUUCCUCCGAUUCCAGCUGCUUUCAAGGCUGAUCUUCCGGCUUUCUGCAUGCAGCUUGUGGAGUUCGACUCCAACUUCUAUCUCCUCGGAGGUCUUCAAAAUCGUCCUGUCGCCAAAUCUCGUUUCGGUCCUCCUUCGUUCAAAACAUUCCAACUUCAUCUGGAAGAAGAUAAUGAGAAACAGAAGCAGAAGCAGUUAACGUUCAAGGAGCUGGACUCAAUCUCUAAACCACCAAUGUGCUACGCCAAGAUGGUGUUCGACUACGAAAAAAUUAAGAAGGAUUAUUAUUUCAUCCAGUUCGAUCCCAUGAUGCCUCGAGUAUCAUCGGAUUCCUUCUGGGUUCUGCCCUCACAAACACGUGACUGGCAACCUCUACCGUCUCCUCCUGACUUGGGCCUCAGUAUUCUUGAUGUACUUGAAACAAAUCAUUUUGUGUAUGGUGAAAAAAUAUAUUUUCAAACCAUUUAUAUGACAGAUGAUGCAUUUAUGGAAUUAAACAGCAAAACUUCUUCACCCAAUGUUGGAGACUUUGAAAGCGUGCUCUUCUAUUCCUUUGAUCCAUACUUGGGAGGUGGGACAUGGACUAUACAGGGGGGAGCUGAUGCAUUCAUAGAAUCUUUCAGAUUUACUGUUCAGGGCAGACAGCGCUACCACCGUCCCAUUACACUGCCUCUUCCAGUCCGCGGGGAUUAUAGUCUUCAUCUCUCUACUUCUGACAUUGAAAGAUCCGAUCAUUUUGGUGAAUGGGAAAAUGGGUAUAAAGCAACCUUACAUGCCUUGCUUGUGAACGAAAGAGGUGUUCGAUUUGUUCAGCCAAUCGAGGGUUGUUUUGAGGGCAUCCAACCUGCAUUUUAUGCUGCAUGUCCGACUCUCGUCUACCUUGAUAACAACAUGGUUUGUGCCAUGUUAAUUGGCUUUCUAGGGGAGCAUCAUAAUCGUAAAUGUCCAUUAAUUUGUGUUUCUAUAUUUCAGUUAUCUAUCAUGGAGGAUGCUAUUGAUAUGGAUUACAUUAACAGUCCUGCUCAUAAAAAGGUUCAUAAUUUCUUAACUGUUAAUGUAAUCAGGAGAAAUGUCUAUUCCAUGGUAGAUUAUUUGGAAAGACCUUUUAUACUGAGAGACAUAUACCCAUUUAUAGAUGAAAUUAAGGAAUUUCUUUGGAUAGAGUCAAAGGAUCCUCUCUCUCCUGUGUCAAAGAAGCCAAAGCUCAUCUAGAGUUAUUUCCAUUUUAACAUCUUUUAUUCAUGUUUUGCUUAGGUUUUCCUUGGAUGUAUUUUUGGUUUAAGAAUUAAGAAGACAUGAUACUUCCAACUGUAUUUUGUGGAUUUGGAAACUUCACACUGAAAGAAUUGGGUUGAAUUUUUGAAAGAAUUCCUUUGUAAUUCAAUUCUCACAACAAUU